CAGAUGUAGCGAAUGGAAGACUCCAGUAGAGGACACUUUAAACGUUGCCAAACAAACAUUGGCCAUGCUUACUCAACCACAAAAGGCCCGAGGUUACCAAACGCCACUCAAGCCUGGGGUCUGGUUGAAGAGAAGAAUUGUAACAGUUACUUAUCCUGGAGAAGGAAUGGGACCUGCUAUUGAAGAUGGGCAUGGUCCAUUUCCGGGCACAACCAAGGCUGGUCAACUUGAGGGCGUGAGGCAGCUCGGGCCACAUAUGACACAGUCUCGGCGUCGAAGUGAUGGAAUAAAAAAGGUAGAACUUCAUAUUCAUCUGGACGGAGCUGUACGACCUAGCACGGCCUGGGAGUAUGCACAGAAGAAGAAGAUUUCUAUCCCAGGUGUAGAGACUUUGGACCAGUUUAAGAAGGCAUGUACUGUCACCAAACCUAGCAACCUGAAUGGUUUCCUACAAAAGUUUGGCUUAUUUUGGCCACCGCUGGAAGGUGACCUGGACGCAAUGGAGCGGAUGGCUUAUGAGUUCUGCGAGGACGAGAGUAAAGCAGGAGUGAUCUACGCGGAGCCGCGUUACAGCCCAAGAAUUGCAUUGGGGGAAAAGGCUCUCGCUCAACUUGGCCCGAGUGCACUGGAUGAAGUUAUUGUGCGAAUUUCACAUGGGUUGGAACGUGGACGCAAGGACUUUGGUGUCAAAACUAAGCAGAUUCUAUGCGCUCGAUACAGUAAAGACUUCAAUGACAUGACCGAAGUUCUUCGUCAGUGCCAGAAACAUUUCGACAAAGGAGUUGUUGGAAUUGAUUUGCUUACUUUACAGCCUCCAGGAGUCGUUAUAGACGAGGCUCCACUGGAAGAGCCCGUCGUAUCGGUGUACAGAGAGGCGGCCAAGACAGGAAUCCAUCGCACAGUCCAUGCCGCCGAGGUCGGCACAGCCUCCGCAGUGGACAGGGCUGUGUACAAGCUGGGUAGUGAAAGGGUGGGCCACGGGUACCACGUGGUGGAGGACGCUGCCAUUUACAAGAAAUGUAUUGAGGACCAAGUCCACUUUGAAUGUUGUCUCUACUCUAGUCUCAUGAUAUUGUUGCCUUGUAGGCUGUGUACAAGCUGGGCUGUGUACAAGCUGGGUAGUGAAAGGGUGGGACACGGGUACCACGUGGUGGAGGACGCUGCCAUUUACAAGAAAUGUAUAAAGGACCAAGUCCACUUUGAAUGUUGUCCCUACUCUAGUCUCAUGACAGGCUCCGUGAAAGCAGGGGGAGAGAAUCACCCAAUUUGCAGGUUUGCCAGAGACGGUGCCAAUUUCUCCGUGAGUGAUGACGACCCUAUAGUCACAGGUCAUACAUUAGUCGACGACUAUGAGCUGCUGAAAUCUUGGGGUAUCAGCCGUCAACAGCUGGCUAAUGCGAAUAUCAACGCUUGCAAUGCCAGUUUUUUAAGUUCUAGUGAAAAGAAUGAACUACUACGUGAGCUGAUCAAUGACAAGUGGGAUUUACUUUGAAGACCACUGUUAAGGCGUGUUCUGCGUUCUAUAAUAGCUUUUUAAUUGUAAAUCAUGUAUUGAAAAUAAUAAAAUUGAAAUCGCACAAAA